AUGAGCGAACAGAAAUCAGGCAAGGAGGUAACCUCGGACCCCGUCGCCCUUUUCUUCCAGCCCGGCUCGAACUGGGACGUGCUCCUCCCGGGGACGACUCCAGGGCUCAACAUCAAUGCAGAGUUUGUGCCCAUGAUCUUUGCGCCAUCGUACCUCGACAACGAGUUCAAGUUGCAGGACGGCUGGCGCAUGUUGCUCGGCUACAAUGAACCGGACCAUGUCGACCCCUCCGUCGCUGUCAAGACUACGCCAGAGGUAGCUGCUGCAGCCUGGGUCGAGCUAGCCAAGUUGCGUACAGGAGGGACCAAGCUCGUCGCGCCCGCCAUUGCAAAUGACCUGGACUGGUUAAAGAAAUGGUUCAGUCUCAUCCCAGAAGGCACAAAACCAGACUACCUUGCCAUCCACGUCUACACCACGACGUUUGAUAGCUUCAAGGCCAAGGUCGAGGAGUACUACCACACAUUUGGGCUGCCGAUCAUCGUGACCGAGUUUGCCAUGACGAGCUUCGACGCAAACGUUCCCCCACCCCAAAGCCAGCAGCAGGUGCACGACUUCAUGGGUCAAACUACAGCAUGGCUUGACGCUACGCCGUGGAUUGAGCGAUUUGCAUGGUUUGGCGCCGUCCGCGACGCGUACAACCUCCACGGCGUGCACGAGUUCAACCGCCUAAUGGACCAAACUGGAGUCCUCACUCCUCUUAUGUGA